UGUAAAAGCAGCAAAGAAUCCUGUGGCACCUUAUAGACUAAUAGACGUUUUGCAGCAUGAGCUUUUGUGGGUGAAUACCCACUUCUACUCUGUGCGAUCCCCACUGUCCAUUAAUGAGCCAUUAGCAGUUGUCACCACCAGUGGCUUCGUGACACACAAGUAGGCCUUGAGGAGAACGAGGCCUGGGGUGGCAGUUGUGAGGGCUAGUUGGGACAGGAACUCUCUGCACCUGGGAAGCAUGGGAGAAGUGGACAGACAGGCCGACAAGGGCGGCAUCGUCGGCAGAGUGGAGGCAGUAGGCCCAGACAAAAAGAAGCGCAGGCUGGACUCACACCUUGCUAAAUUCCGGCACCAGCCACAAGCCUUGGGGGAGCUGAAGGGAAUGAAACUGCUGGCUGCCUGCUUCAUGUACCUGCUGCUCAUCUGUCUGGCCCUGCCCAAAGCCGAAUGCCGACUCCACGAGCGAUCCAUGGAAAUCAGGAACCCUGAUAUCGACCCUUCCUGGUACACGGGGUGUGGAAUCAGACCCGUGGGAUGGUUUGGCCGAAGGAGAGCUGUCGUGGAGAGCUCCCGGAAGUCGGGCUAUGGACACAGGCAAGCUUGCUUCCCUCUAGAACAAAGCAGUGAAUCCCUUCAAGAUGAAUGAAAUGGCCAAGACAAAGAAUGAAUUUGAAUGAUGAUAAGAAAAGACCCUUCUCCUCUCUCCCUUCCACAUCCCAGCCUCUCUUCUAGGCACAUGAAAAUGUUUGGUCUCAUUUCAAUGUAAAGUAUCUUUGUGGCUAUAAAUGAUAGAAACCAAAGAGCAGUUGCUAACUCCAGUAUUUUUGCAGACAAUUUCCCUCUUGUCUGUUUUUUCUUUUUCUCUCCCCUGUUCCCCAUUUGUCCCCAUCUCUGGCUUUUGCUCUUAAAUCUAACAUGAUUUGUGCCAGAAAAUUGCUGGGGGAAAGAAAUACAAAUUCCCAUGUUAAUUAUCUUCCUAGAACAUGGUCUCUUU